CAUUCUCAAAAAAAAAAAAAAAACAUUGACUAGAAACAGAGUAUUUCCGUCGAUAACACGCGGCUAUGCUACUCUGAUUAGGAGGCCGAUUAGGAGAUCGAUGGCGUCAACCUCUUCUCGUCGUCAAUGGAAAUACGAUGUCUUUCUAAGUUUCAGCGGGGCAGAUACCCGCUAUACUUUUACCGAUCGUCUGUAUUCCGCACUAGUUCAGAAAGGAAUUCUCACCUUUAUGGAUGAUCCAGAGCUUGAGAAAGGAAAAUCCAUUAGGCUUUUAGCUGCAAUUGAGGACUCUAGAUCUGCGAUUGUCAUUCUCUCAGGGGGCUAUGCUUCUUCGACAUGGUGCUUGGAUGAACUCGUCAAGAUUAUUCAGUGCAUGAAAGAGAUGGGCCAACAAGUCCUCCCCGUCUUCUACUGGGUGGAUCCUUCUGAUGUGCGGCACCAAAGGCGAAGUUUUGAGCUCAAAUGGAAAACCCAUGUAGAUGUGGAAGUGGAAGUAAGGGAACAUGAAGAAGUUUAUGGGAAGAAUGAGGACAGACUAAAUGCGUGGAGAGCUGCUUUGACAGAGGUCGCCAAUCUUUCUGGCUGGCAUUUUACGGGUGGAUAUCCAACAAACCUAGUUGACGAAAUUGUUAAUCACAUACUCAAGAAGUCCGUGUAUACAUCUUCAAGUGUUGACAAGGGCUUCAUAGGAAUCGAUUCCCGUGUUGAUGAUUUUUUAAGCAAUUACAUAUAUCCGCAGUUUGGUGGGGUGUGUUUUAUAGGGAUCCAUGGCCUGCGGGGCAUAGGUAAGACAACACUUGCUCGAGCUAUCCAUGAUGAAAUUUGUCAGGAUUUUGACCGGACCUGCUUUCUUUCCAAUGUUAGAGAAAUGUCUAAAAACAAUGGCCUAGUUUCUCUUCAAGAAAAACUUCUUUCCAGAAUCCUGAUGGCUAAAAUUAAAAAUAUAGAGCAUGAAGACACAGGAGCUGCUAUGAUUAAAAGGCGGUUCUGCAGAACAAAGGUGCUUGUUGUUAUUGAUGAUGUGGAUCAGUUGACACAAUUAGAGAAAUUGGCUGGAAGUCGCAACUGGUUUGGUCCAGGGAGUAGAAUCAUCAUAACCACCACAGAUAUUCAGUUGUUAAAGGCACAUGAUGUUGAUGCUACAUACAAGGCUAACGGGUUAAACUGUGGUGAAGCACUUCAACUUUUGAGUUUGAGGGCUUUUAAGAAAUGUCCCCCACCAGAAGAUUAUUUGGAUCUGUGCUACCAUAUUCUAGGGUAUGCUCGGGGGCUUCCAUUGGCUCUCGUGGUUUUAGGUUCUUUUCUAUUUGGUAGAAGCGCUGAUAAAUGGGCAAGUGCAAUAGAUAGGCUAAAGAAGACACCAGAUAAACGCAUUAUUGACGUGCUUCGGAUUAGUUUUGAUGGACUGGAUGAAAAAGACAGAGAAAUAUUCCUGCAUAUUGCUUGCUUUUACAAGGGGAAGGAUAAGGAUCGUGUGACACAAAUACUAGACUAUUGCCAACUAGACCCUGUCAUUGGUUUAGAUGUUCUUGCUGAUAGAUCUCUCAUAACUAUCUCCAACAACGAACUGUCGAUGCAUGAUUUGCUACAAGAAAUGGGCUGGGAAAUUGUUCGUGAACAGUCUCCUAAAGAGCCAGGCAAACGUAGUAGAUUAUGGUCUCAUGAAGACAUCAACAAUGUGCUGAAGAGAAAUACGGGAACAGAUUCAAUCCAAGGCAUGGUAAUGGAGUUGACUACAUUACAAGUGGCUCAUUGGAAGCCAGAAGCCUUUUCAAAUUUGUCUCAACUUAGUCUUCUCCAUAUUUGUAACGUGGACCUUCCCAAAGGCCUCACCUGUCUUUCUAAUUCCUUGAGACUUCUUGAAUGGACUGGGUGUCCCUUAAGAUCUCUCCCACAAAACUUUGAAGCCGAUGAACUUGUUGAACUUAACUUGUGCCACAGCAACAUUGAACAGCUUUGGAAGGGAACAAAGAAUUUUGACAAGUUGAAGUUCAUCAAACUCUGCCAUUCUCAAAACAUUGUGGAGACCCCAGACCUCGCAGGUGUUCAGAAUCUUGAGACUUUAGAUCUUGAAGGAUGUUCUCGUUUGGUAAGAAUCCAUCAAUCCCUUGCAUUUCUCAAAAAGCUUAUUGUGCUGAAUCUUAAAGACUGCAAAAGUCUCGAGAGACUGCCAAGUAGAAUUGAAAUGGAGUCUCUUGAAUCAUUAAUUCUUUCUAACUGUUCAAAAGUUAAGAAGAUUCCUGAGUUUGUUGGAAAUAUGGAAUGUUUGUUGGUGCUUUAUCUUGAUGAGACUGCCAUUGAGGAACUGCCUGAUUCAAUUGAACAGCUGAGUGGCCUUGUGUCAUUGAAUCUACGCAACUGCAGAAAUCUUGUUUGUCUUCCAAGCACCAUCAAUAAAUUGAAGUCUAUUGAAGAUCUUAAUCUUUCUGGAUGCUUGAACCUCGGCAAACCUCAGGUAAAUGUGGGGGUGAUGGACUGUUUUGAGGAAACUGAUGUGAAUAGUGGGUCUGCAAUAGAAAUGUCGUCUACCCAUGAUCGCAAGAAAAAAGGGAGAGGUCCAAUCUUUCAAGGAUGCAAAGUAGUUUGGCGAUCUUUCAAAAAGUUCUUGCCUUCUGGAUUGGUGCAAAAAGUGAAUACAGAGCCAAAGAGCUUCCACUUGCCUAUAUCACAAAACGUGAAUGCAGAGCCAAAGAGCUUCCACUUGCCUAUAUCACAAAACGUGAAUGCAGAGCCAAAGAGUUUCCACUUGCCUAUAUCUGGUCUGUGUAAUUUAACAUAUCUGAACCUGAGUAAUUGCAAUCUUGGUGAAGGAGUAUUUGCCAAUGAAUUUGGUUACUUUCCCUCUUUGGUAACCUUGAAUCUAAGUGGGAACAAUUUUGUUCGUCUUCCUUCAGGCAUUGGAUUGCUUUCUAAGCUUGAGAACUUUAACUUGGAGAAUUGCAAGAGACUUCAAGAGUUGUCAGACCUUCCAUCAAAUAGUAUACUAGAUUUAAGGGCAGAUGGUUGUACUUCACUGAAAUACUUGUUUGAUGCAUCAAAUUUGAACAGAUUAAACAAAUCAUAUUUCAAUUUCAUCAAUUGCUUCAAUCUAAAUGGCAAUCAAGGAUGCAAUAACAUAGCAUUUGAAAUGCUGAAGACAUUCAUGUAUCAGGGAAUCUCUAAUAACAGGGAAACUUUUCAAAUUGUAAUUCCUGGAAGUAAUAUUCCUGAAUGGUUCAGCCAUCGGAGUGUUGGGCGCUCUGUAAGUGUAUCUCUACCUGCACAUUGGAAUAACAGUCGGGUUUUGGGAUUUGCUCUGUGUGCUGUUUUUGUACUCCAUGAGCAACAUCGGAAUGAAAAGCUUUAUAUAGAUGAAUUCAAGACUUUUAAUGCAACACAUCAUCUUGUAUGUUGCCUGAAGCUCGAUGGAAGAGAAUUGGAAGUAUAUGGCAGACAUCCUGCAUUUCGCUUUAGUGAAGAAUUUUGCAAGGUUAAGUCAGAUCACCUGUGGCUAUUCUAUGUAUCUCGUGAUAAAUACUUCGGUACAGAGUGGUGGCAUAACAGUUGCAGUAAGUUUGAGUUCUUAUUUGAAACCAGAGGGCCAGGUCUGAAGGUGAAGGAAUGUGGAGUCCGUCAAUUGCUAUGAUGCACGGUUACGUGAUUUUGCCUUCGUAUCCCGUAUCGAUCCGGGAAACGGGUACGAUACGCUCGGAUACGUGUAUCCGGAUUUGGAUACGUCCGUAUCCUAUUUAGAUACGUAAGAACGUAAAUAAAUCAGAUACGUGGGAUAAUACUGACUUUUUACCCUGAAAAAAAAAAAAAAACGGAAUCAGCUCCGGCCGUCACCAGCGACGCUGUCGUCCAGAAUGGAUUGGAACUCGGCUCUCCAUUUCAGAACGGUCCUGCUUCUCGAGGCGGAUAUCGGGGCGGGAGAGUUGGGGAUCCGGUCCGGGUAGGCUUGGGCUUGGGUGAGAUGACGCUGUGGAGAGAGACUUAAGGAUGUAGCGGAGGGCGGACGCGAGGAGGUCGUCUGAUCAGUCAGCGUCGGAGAUGAGAGGUUUGAUCUGAGUAUUAAGACAAGGAAGAGGAGGAGAAAGGAGCAGGAGAGGACAAGACAAUGAGCUUGAGAUUGAUGCCGAAUUGAGGCUUGGACCAAGGUUAUAGUGAAUGUGUGGGACGGGGGAUCAAGGUUAUAGUGAAUGUGGGACUUCUUGAAGAGAGAGAGGAGACAGAAACUUGACGGUUUCUGUUUUUCUAGGAGGUAAUGGAACCUCUACAGUGAGGCAUGAUCACAUCAUUCACGUGUCAGAAGGCACAUGCUAAGAACAUGGAGCUCAAAUUUGUUGGAUUUAAUUAUUAUUAUUGACUUAUUUAUUUUUAUUAGAUAGAUUAUUAAAAAAAAAUUAAUUA